AAGCAAUAAAAUAUCAAAAACCUAAACCUACUCUCUCUCUCUUCCUCUCCCUCCUGCGUCCCUUUUCCCCUUCUUCUUCCCCAAACUCGGCAGCAGCCGACCCCCUUCUUUCCCCUCUCUAAUCCCAAUUUUCCAAAUUCUAAUCCCUAGCUCGGUCAAUCCCUAAUUGAUCUAGCUAUUCUCACAAUUCCCAAACUCGUUAGAAACUCUGUUUCUAACAUCUGGUAUCAGAGCCUGGUUUGAGAGUGAGUUCUUUUGAGCUCUUGAACCAGGGAAGGCGGCAAUGGUAUCGACGAAGUCAAUGAAAGCGGCAGAGAAGACGGCUCAGGCAGCCGAGAAAGGCACCGAUGCGGGCGAUGUAGGGCUCGACGGGGAGUUAGAGGAUCUCACGGAGAUCGAAGGGCUGAGGAAGGUCGUGGAGACGCAAGCAGAGCAAGCCAGAGAUCACAGCCGCACUCUCGACGCGUUGUUGGCGGCUGUGAAGGCGUUGCAGGGGCAGGUGAGCAGUCUGACGGAGGCUUGGAAGAGAGGCGGGGCAGCGGCUGGCGAUGGCGGGAAGCCGCCGGAGGAGAGAGGCGCGGCGGAGGAGUCCGCCUCGGUGGCGGCGGCCAGGGAGCCGAGAAGGGUUCGGCGGAAGGGGGGGGGGGGGGGGGCAGCGGCGAGCAACCCUAGCCGACCCCCUGUUUCGCGUCCGGGCCAAGUCUCGUUCGGCCCAACAAGCAAGGAUGGGCUUCUGCCUACUCCAUCGGCCCAGGAGAUGGCUAGUGCGCGUGGCAAGGCCAAGAUGGCCGAGUAUGUGGAUCCGGGCCCGCACGCGGGCCUGAACUUGGAGGAGUUGGCGGAUCCGGAGCAAGAGAUGGAUCGCGGGCCUUGGCCCAACGAGCAGAGUGGGCUGGGCGCGGAUGGCAGGACGGAGGAGGGUAGCCUGGUGGGCCGAGCCCGGUGGGAAGGCGGACCGGGAGGAGGCUGGAGGGAGUCGGGCCGGCCGGGGGAGCGAGCCGAAACCAACCGGGCCAGGGUGAUUGGGGCCGAGCAGGGGCGAGCCGGGUCACCGGAGGUCGAGCCGAGACUGGUCGGACCAAAUCCGGUCAAACCGACCCGGCCGAACCAAAUUCGGUCGAACCGAAAUUGGCUGGCAAUGGCCGAACCGGUCCAACUGGCGGGGUAUUCGAACCAGGCGGACAGUAGGGGCUACCUAGGGCCGCAAGGCCAGUUCGACGAGUAUUGUGGGCCCCUUCCUUCUUCUGAACUUCAGCGGGGCGCCAGGAAGGAAUCCAGGAGGACGUGGACGGGGGAUCGAAGGCCGAGAAGUGAGUUAAGCGGGAGAGCAGGGUACCAGGAGGAUGAGGGGGACGACUGGGGGUGUGACGGGGAUCCGCGGUUCACCCAGCACUACCACAGUGGGGGCCCAAGCGGUGGAAGGAAUACCGGUUAUUUCCGGGGUGGGGAGGAAGAGGAUGAUAUGGUGUUUCGAGCUCGGCCUCCCACCAUUGAGUUCCCGAAAUACAGUGGUCGUGAGGAUGCAGGACUGUGGCUGUACUCAGCUGAGCGAUGGUUCAAGAACCACCCCACUAGGGAAGAACGAAAGGCUCAGCUUUUGGUUAAUUAUUUGUUUCGGUCAAUCCCUAGUUGAUCUAGCUAUUCUCACAAUUCCCAAAUCCGUUAGAAACUCUGUUUUUAACAUCUUUCAUGAUCCAUUUAGAAUCGUAUAACUCGAUUGUCUUGAUUCCAUUACUUCUUUUCAACUUUUUCGUGUAUACCUGCAGUCAAUCCCCUAACAAGGUGAUGCAGUUUUCGAGCACGGUCGGAAACUAUCAGUAGAUGCUGUGGGGUCUGGCACCGAAACUGACGUGGCACAAUGGAACGUCCUGCAGUUCAAUACGGGGUCCACAACUACCUUCAUCAGCAAAUGUGGAGCGAACUCAAGCUCGAACUGGUAAUCAAGGCCGACGCACGCGCCGAAGAACCCAAAGGCGGCGAGAUAGUGAGAGUGGUUCCGAAACCGUUGGUUCUUGAAAACCUUGACUCGGAGGAAAUGAAACAGGCUUUCUCUUAGCUUCCCGAGGCUCUGAGCUUGCUAGCUCUGGCGAGGAAUGCAAACGAGAUGAGGGCACCGUACUCAAGACUGUAUAGUGAAUAGGACUUGAGCCAUGAAGGUCCCAUCACUUAGGGCCCUAGUUAGCGAACUUGAAAAAGGGGUGAUUUAAGAGAUGUGAAGUCGUGAAUGUAAAAUUCGGAAAAUGAAUAUUUAGUUAUGCAACAUUAUUGCGCAUUUGUAUUUGUUGACUUUGUUUAUCAGGGAAGGUAGUUUCCGUAGGGACGGAUUUUGGCUUCUGAAUCUGAUUUGGUAGUGCGAUUGGAUUGAAGAAGCUGUGUGGCAACUUGUAAAACAGUUAUACCUAAAUGACGAACUCAUUUCUGACUGUGCAUGCUACUUGGUACAGAAUUGCAAAGGUGAUUCCUCAGAUUUUGGUACUGAACUACACAGUUGGAGCACAUGUAAUCUACAUCAUUUUAACCUUGCUCUCGACGAAAGACUUAACAAGAUGACCAUCCGUUUGCGGGGCUCUUUUUGCUCACUGGAGAAGCAGGCAUUGUACAAAAUCAGUAGCUUAGAGAGAAAGAAGAGCACUGCAAUAGCUACAAAGCAUGACUAAGAAGUCAAGAGCCAAACUCGAGCUGUGCUAUCUUCAGGACAGUCAUCACCAGCAGCAAAAACUCUAGUUCUGUCCCCUUUAUAUCCUCCAGUGUUCUCGAUUCAUGUUCAUCAGCCUACGUCCCUUCUGAAACAUCCGAUGUUCAUCAGCCUGCCAAAGAAAAGAAACAGGGACCAAGUGGUAAGAAACUCCCAUUUUGAUAUCACCGCUGCCUGUGAUCAUCUUCAACUUUUUAGAAAAGCCAGACACGGUUGGGAAAAUGGGAAGCAUCUAAGCUGAGGCCAGGCCACCGAUAUUUGCAUGAAACCGGGGGGAGGGUGGGGAUAAAUUUGGCACAAAACUCCAAACUUAGAUGACGCUAGCCUGUUUCAUUCUUUACAUUCACUCUCAUUUUCCAACGAAAGAGAGGAUGGGAACUUCAAUCGCGUCGAAUUCAAAUGUCACGACACAUAAACAAAGCAGCAAAGGGGGACUUCUUCUAAAAUACUUAUGAGCUGCCUGAAUCAAACUGAUUGCAGGGAUUGGAGCCCAAACAGCACUGAUCCGCACCCUGAAUCCAGGAACUCUCUAGAAUUGAUUCAUAUGGUUAUAAAUAAAGCUUAAAUAUACAA